AACUGUAUAAACAAACCUUUUUCGUCCUACAUAUACAUUCAGAAACCCUAAAAACAAAACCUCUUGUGUGUGCUGCGCUUCACUCUCCCUCCUAUCAAGCAAAAAUGGGUGCAUACAAGUAUGUUUCCGAGUUAUGGCGCAAGAAACAAUCAGAUGUGAUGGGAUUCGUGCAGCGUGUUAGGUGCUGGGAGUAUCGUCAACAAUCUUCCAUUGUUCGUCUCACCAGGCCUACUCGUCCUGACAAAGCUCGCCGUUUGGGUUACAAGGCCAAACAGGGAUAUGUUAUUUACCGUGUUCGCGUCCGUAGAGGUGGCCGAAAGAGGCCAGUUUCCAAGGGUAUUGUUUAUGGUAAACCAACCAACCAGGGAGUUACCCAACUCAAGUUUCAGAGGAGUAAAAGGUCAGUUGCUGAGGAGCGUGCUGGACGUAAGCUUGGUGGACUCAGGGUUCUCAACUCCUACUGGGUCAAUGAGGAUUCCACCUUCAAAUAUUUUGAGGUCAUUUUGGUUGAUGUUGCACACAGUGCUAUAAGAAAUGACCCAAGAAUCAACUGGCUCAACAAUCCUGUCCACAAUCACAGGGAACUUCGUGGCCUCACCUCUGCUGGGAAAGAAAACAGAGGUUUGCGUGGCAAGGGGCAUCGACACCACAAAGCUCGUCCAUCCCGCAGGGCCAACUGGAAGAGAAACAAUACCCUUUCUCUUCGUCGCUACCGUUGAUUUUGCCGCUGUUAUUUUGUUUUGCUUCAUAGCUGGAUAUUCUGCUUGCACUUUAGACUGUGGAAUUGUCGGUUUUGUAUUGUUGAUUUCCGCUUCCAGAAACUCAUUUAGUCCUUUAAUAUAUGAUUUUUGUUGGAGAGAUUAAUGACAAUAUUUUAGUUUAUCUA